AUGAAAAAAUCGGCUGUACUGUUUUUUUCCGCAUCGCGCAAUCCAAUAUCUGACUCUCUAGGGUCUACACAGCACAAACCAGUGGUUUUGAGCCAGAGAGCACUGAUCCAGCAACAUUCUGGAUUAAAACUACCGCUAGGAGGGAGACCCCCCUUUGGAAAUGGAGGGCGUACUGUAUUCUUGGACAGUCAAAUCCUAACACACUCAGUACCGUGGGUCAAUAAGUUCCAUCUAGAUAUUGUUGACUGUGGUACACACACUGUACCAUGUAACAUCCGUGACAUCAAAGAGGACCAACGGCUGGCAGUUACUGGAAGCGAAUCGGUCGUAGAUGUGGUGCGUGAUUGCUCCUGUGCUGGCCUAGGACGCAUCCUCUGCGAACGCACAAAGAUAAUUCAUGUCGGUACUUUAAUGUGGGGUAAAAAUUUUGCUUUCAAAAACUCUACAAGUGAAUAUGAAGAUACCGGGCAAAUUAUUCGUUUGAUUCAACAGUAUCUGCCCACAGACACUAGCUUCCAGAACAUUGCCAAUUCUGUAAAACAGUAUGGAUCCAUGCUAGCCAACGAAGGCCGUCGUUUUGAUGCAGCGAAAAAAAACGAACUGCGUUCGAUACACAUGCACCCUCACUGCCUAGCCAACGUAGCCGAAAGCAUUAAAUCCGACCAAAUGACGCACCGUUAA